GGAGUCUCACAGUUUCCAUGCAACACAAACGAUCAGGAUGGGGUCUCGGCGGCUUCAAAGAUGUUAAUUUAACAUCUGAAGACAGGAAAUUAAGAUUUAAAACAUGUAAUCAUUCUAGAUAAAACAGGCCUAUACUUUAAGAUCAUAAUGAGGACUUCCCACGUGAGAGAACACUGGAUACGCUUCUUGUUCGCCUGCUAUGUGUUAGGGUACCGUCUGUCUUUAGCCCAGACACCAGAGCAGACCAAACAGAUGAAUGGCAUUGUGGGAGGAUCUGUCACAUUUCCAGCUCCAGUGUUGAAAACUGGCACCCUGUCAAAUAAGGAUCAAGGAGCUGCAGCCAUGGUGAUGAAAGGCAGCAGUGACACAGAGCUUAUAAAGCAGUUCACUGGCAGACUGCAGUGGGACAACCAGACUGGACUCUUCACCAUCACACAUCUGAGGACAGAGGACUCUGGGACAUAUAUUGUGAACUGUAAAGAAGAACAGAGUAAACUCACAUUUACGUUCCAGCUUGAAGUCUACAAGAAUGUGUCCUCACCCACAGUGACAUGGAUACAAUCAGAGAGAAAGAACUGCUCAGUGCUGUGCUUUGUGGAGAAUGGAAGAGAGGUCACUCUAUCCUGGCUGAGAGAUGGGGAGAAUCUGUUCCACACCAGCAGCCCUGAUACCAACACCUCUUUGUCUCUCCUUCUGGAGUUAGAGAGAGAGGGACACACCUACUACUGUGAGACAAAGAAUCCUGUCAGCUCACAGCUCUACCGGCUAGACGUACCAUCUAGCUGCACUGAGGAUUCAGAUAAGAAAUUGCCUGUGCCUGAUAGGGAUUACAAAAUCCCCCUAGUCGUGACAAUGUGCUUAGUGCUUUGUAUACUUGUGGUGGGAUUUUUCUUGUUUUUGAAGAGAAGAAAAAAACAUUUUGCACAAGAUACGGACACUUCAAGACAGAGGGCAUCUGUUCAUUAUGCAGAGUUGAGUCAUGGUAGUAACCAGAGUAACCAGGCAGAGACUCAGCAGAACAUCAAACUGACCACUGUGUAUGAUGAGCUCCAGCUGUGCAGAGUCUCUGCUGCUGCUGAACAGUGCUGACAGAGUGGAGUGUUCUCAGUUGGAAUGUUUGUGUUGGUGCAGGUCUCUAUUUGUCCUCACGCCCUAGGAAGGAUACACCGCUUCACAGGAAUAGCGCUGUUCAGAAUGGCGGCAUAUCCAACUACAUCGCUGGCUCUCAGUGAGACACUCCCCGUGGUGUGGAAUUUAAACCUGAUUCUGCCAUCGCCUGGAAUUGCACAUAAUUGGCCAUGGAAAUGUCCAGAGAAGGAAGCUGUACCCUUUCCUGAGAGGGCAUGGAAAUUAUUUGAAAGGACAGCGUUUGCACUUAGGAUUUCACUGCAAUGUAUUUAAAACAUCAUUUUUAUAUUAAAAUAUAUUUCGAAGAAUGAGAGCUGUGAUGUGACUUCCGGUGACAUGCAAUGAAGGUGUAUGUAAAUCAUCUUAAUAACUAGUCUCUUGAGUAGAAUGGACAUUAUGCUACUUAUCCCAAUUGACUGGUGUUCAGGAUAAAUUAACCUUACAUUUCAUACUGAGCUGCACAAUUUUUUGUUUGUGGAUUUGGUGUUGUUUUUCUUUUAUUGUUAUUAUCCAUCCAUCCAUUAUCUAUACCCGCUUAUCCUUGGCAGAGUCACAGGGGGUGGUGCACAGGGCGAGAGGCAAGAAUACACCCUGGACAGGCCACCAAUCUAUUGCAGGGCAGACACUCCAUUCACAUACUUAUGGGCGAUUUAGUGUCUACCUGCAUGUCUCUAAUUUGAGACUACCUGCAUGUCUUUGGACUGUGGGAGGAAACCAAAGUACCUGGUGGAAACCCACGUGGACACGGGAGGAACAUCCAAACUCCACACAGAAAGGCCCAAGCCGAGAUUCAAACCAAUGAUCUUCCUACUGUGAGGUGACCAUGCAUUAUUAUUAUUAUUAUUAUUAUUAUUAUUAUUAUUAUUAUUAUUAUUAUUACAUACCCGACAGUAGCUACAGUUUAGUUUAGUCUUAGCUGAAAUUAAGGUGAAUCUGUCUGUUUCUAUUUGUCUUCUCUGUUAGCCGUGUAAUUACAUUAAUUGGUUCAUCGUCAAUAGCUACAUAGUAGAACCCAGACGUGUGGUCUCUCUUUUCUUUGGGUGAACUCUUCAACUUGAACUCCUACUAACUCCUUCAAUCUUAAAAUAGUUAAUAGGUAGUCAGUAAAUAACCCACUAUUAGCUUCUUGUAUUGCUCAUAAGGUGAUGUUAUGCUUCCCUCUUUAGCACUGCUUGGAGUGAUAUUCACUGGUAGCCAAAUUAGAUUAUUCAGCCACACAUAAUGCAACCAACACGCUAAACUUGUCUCUCCUUUGUUCAGACAAAGGACACACAUGUACGCACACAUGAACAUGCAUACACACACGCAUACAAACUCCCAUACCUUCUCCUACAGUAGGUACUUUAUCAAAGACUGGUUGCUUGGAUGUUAUUGGCAGAAAAAGACCAGCUAUUGCAAUGCUCCAAGAAUUCUUUUCUUCCGCCAAUAAUAAAAGGUGUUUCUCCGCU